CGGUGUUGCGUCGGAGUAGAAUGGUCGAAUUCUAUUUCACCAUCCUGUGCCUCUUCGGUUUGCGGACCGUGGAUUACGUGUCAGGUCAGAGUGACAUCGUGAAAUCAACUCUGUACAAUUGGGCUCAGAUUGAGCCUCAACUCAGCGAGUUUGAGCAUUGGCUUUGCGGGAACGGAGAAGCCAUCAAAAGUGUCACUGCCUCUCUGCCGAACACCUCUUACGAACUCUCUGAAACGGAUGUCAACGGCUUAAUCUGCACUUAUAACCUCUACUCGACGAAAGUCACGCAGGUGAUGAUGAGUUAUUAUGAAGAAAUCGCGACCGAUUCCCGGCUCGCGGUGCCUGGCUACACAAUGUGGGACCUCUUCAGAGCUUUCGCCGACAAUCGCAGGGAUAUUCUGAACGCUUUCAACGGAGCUAUUGCAGGCCGGAGCGACGCUGACAUUUCAUGGGUGUUCCGCAACGAGGAAACUUUGGCGGAUCUGAAACAGGCUUUCUUGGGAGCUCAGAAAGAUCUCAUGGGACUCCAAGGAUACCAUUUCUAG